UGCGCUUGAAGUCAACGUUGGAGCAGCCGCUGUUGGAGCUUGCCUGAAGGCUUGUGGCUAAGGGUAUAGGGCUUUCCUUUCUUGAUCUACUUGUUGCCCAUUUCCGAGGUCGCUCAGACUGAUCAAACGACGGUCUUUGUUGAGAACAGUGCCGCCCUAACCCGAAUUAUAUAUAGCUGCCCAUCCUCUCAUCUUAACUUUGGCCUACUACGACUCUGAGCAAUCAAAUCCGACUCACAUUCUUUGACCUUCCGUCAUUCAUAAGACCACUAAUUGAAUGAACACGGGGAACUGCGGUAUGGGGGCAGACACCUCACCAGCCGAUUUAACACCCUUUAUCACUCGAACAACUCAAGACCACAGUAGCGGAGGUGGAUUCGGCGAUGUCUGGAAAUGCAAUUGCAAUGCAGAUGGUUGCGGUCAAGGCCUUCAGAUAUCCAGAGAACUAUUAUGAUUCAGAGAGAAUAUACAGGAAAAUCAGCAGAGAAAUCGGCAUUUUAACACUUCUACGCCAUGACAACAUCGUACCGUUGUUGGGCAUAGCGACAGGAUUUGGACGGAGGCCAGACUUGCCCAGCUUGGUAACUCCGUGGAUUCCAAACGGCACCUUGAAUGUCUACCUGGUAUCUAGACACAACGAUUUAACAGUGCUGGACCGUUCACGUAUGCUGGAGGAUGUCAGCGCUGGACUGCGUUACUUGCACUCGGUGCCUGUCGUUCAUGGGGAUAUAACAGGGGCAAAUAUACUAAUUGACGAGGGAGGCCGUGCGAAGCUAAUUGAUUUUGGUCUUUCUGCCGUUGUCCUGCCCCUUUUCGGCCAGUCACACUUGGCUGCAACAUCGAUACAUGCAGGGGCAAUCCACUAUGCAGCACCAGAACUUCUAUUAGAUGAUGUCGAUGUCAAUGACCCAGCUUCGGAAAGAACUAACAUUUUCCCACCUUUGGAAAAAACUGACAUCUACUCUUUUGGUUGUGUAAUGCUUCAAAUUCUCUCGGGUCGGUACCCUUGGUUUGAGAUCAAGUCCCAAAACCCAGAAUUCCGUAUUUAUGGUUUGAAACGCCAAGGUCGUGGUCCGCAGCGCCCCAACGGCCACCCUGCAAUAAUGGACUCAGAUUGGGACAUGAUUCAAAAAUGUCUGCAAUUAAAAUUUGAACUUCGGCCUUCAGCAGAUGAAGUAUCCGACUUCAUCACGCGUAGGUCUUGCUCAUCAGAUUCUUCGAGCCUACCUAACGAUUUUCCCGAUGAUGCGCAGGGUGGUUUCCGCGGAGUUUUCCCGCGCAAUGAUUCCAGUGGUAUAACAAAACACCUGCUCAAUAGUCCACGACCCCACCCUGAUCAUGAGCCGACGAAUGGAAUUAUAGAGCCUGGAGCUCAGAUAUCUUUUUCUUCUUCACCAGCCAACACUGAUUCUUGGCCAUUAUUUCCCAGUAUCAGUACUGAUCCCACAACGGCGUUCGACAGUGAUUUUCUUCGAUAUACUAGCAACCCAGGACACGAACAGAAACAAUCAGUAACAUCGCCACCUCCAAACGCAUGGUCGAGCAACCACAAAACGCGCCUGCGGGAAAGCAAUGUCGUCAUAUUUGGCGAAACAGGCUCAGGGAAAAGUUCUAUCAUCAACACAAUCGCGCAAGAGCAGCUCGCGAAGACAUCUAACGACGCACAUGGAUGUACUUCUACCUCUCAACGCUACCCAGUAGAGAUUUCAGGCCAGCGAUUCGUCCUGAUUGAUACUGCAGGUCUCUGCAUGGGGACUGCAGACUCAGUGUCAGCGGCGAAAGCGGAAAAAAAGUUGAAGAGUUUGUUGCGUGAGUUCAUGAACUCCAAGUUGGAUGGCAUCAGCCUUCUGGUGUACUGCAUGGACAACACGAUUGCCCCUAGCGCCCUCGUUAAGGCCUAUGACAAAUUCUACUCUGGAAUCUGCCAGAAGAAGGUUCCGAUCGUAGUCGUCGUCACAGGAUUAGAGAAAGAAACCCACAUGGAGAACUGGUGGGAUACCAAUGUGGAAAAAUUCAAGGGCAUGUCUUUCGCAGACCAUGCUUGCGUCACAACGCUUUGGGAACACUCAAGCUUCCCAGACCACGUCACUCAUCGUAUUUUGGAAUCGGGCAAUAUUCUGCGCAAGCUUGUCGUGGAAAAUUGCGCGGAUUUGCCAGUUCCUAACGGCUCGGAUUCGGCGGCCGGCACAAGCUGGCUCAAGAAGAUCGGUAAGAAGGGAUGAACGACGAGCAGGAAGUGAAAUGUUAAGUUUAGGAGAUUAUAGUGGUGUACCGUAUGUUACAUGUUCAAACGUUCAAGUUCGUCACCAUGCUCACCACCUGAUUCAUUAUGAUACAUUGCCUCAUUCCAUGUUCGCGCAUUAUUCUGGAAUAAACUUUCUAUUCU